UUGGAACUCGGUGGAACUCUCGUUAGUUCAAAAUGGAGAAAUCCUCAACGGGAUUGAAUAAGAAUGGCUCGCGAUCGACCGCAUCACUACCCCCGGAACCGGCGUACAUAAUCCACAGCAAGUCAUGCUACCGCCGGGUAAGGCUCAACGUUGGGGGUCCACAUGAGGUCCUCUGGCGAACGUUGGAUAGGUUACCACGCACCCGGUUAGGGAAACUACGAGACUGCAACACCCACGACUCACUCAUGGAGGUAUGUGACGACUACAACUUGGAUGAGAACGAGUACUUUUUCGACCGGCACCCAGGGGCGUUCACGUCCAUUUUGAACUUCUACCGGACCGGUAAGCUCCACAUGAUGGAGGAGAUGUGCGCCCUGUCGUUUAGUCAGGAGCUGGACUACUGGGGCAUAGAUGAGAUCUACCUGGAGUCCUGUUGCCAGGCCAGGUACCACCAGAAGAAAGAACAGAUGAACGAGGAGCUCAAAAGAGAGCAAGACACCUUGAAUGACAGAGAGGGAGAAGAGUUCGACAACACGUGUUGUGCUGAGAAACGAAAGAAACUCUGGGACCUUCUGGAAAAGCCCAGUUCGUCUGUCGCAGCUAAGAUCCUAGCCAUCAUCUCCAUCCUUUUCAUUGUCCUCUCCACCAUCGCCCUGUCCCUCAACACCCUGCCUGAGCUGCAGGACACAGAUGAGUUUGGCCAUGCCUCAGACAACCCCCAGCUGGCCCACGUAGAGGCCAUCUGUAUAGCCUGGUUCACUAUGGAGUACCUCCUCCGCUUCCUCUCAUCCCCCACCAAAUGGAAGUUCAUCAAAGGUCCCCUGAACGUGAUCGACCUGCUGGCCAUCCUUCCUUAUUACAUCACAAUCUUUCUGACAGAGUCCAACAAAAGUGUUCUACAGUUCCAGAACGUCCGGAGGGUGGUUCAGAUCUUCCGGAUAAUGCGCAUCCUGAGAAUUCUGAAGCUGGCACGUCACUCCACGGGGCUACAGUCUCUAGGUUUCACCCUGAAGAGGAGUUACAACGAGCUGGGUCUACUCAUCCUCUUCCUAGCCAUGGGCAUCAUGAUCUUCUCCAGCCUAGUCUUCUUUGCCGAGAAGGACGAGGAUGACACCAAGUUCAAAAGUAUCCCUGCCUCCUUCUGGUGGGCCACCAUCACUAUGACCACGGUAGGCUACGGGGACAUUUACCCUAAGACUUUGCUUGGGAAGAUUGUGGGGGGUCUCUGUUGCAUUGCAGGGGUGCUGGUGAUAGCCUUGCCCAUCCCCAUCAUCGUCAACAACUUCUCUGAGUUCUACAAGGAGCAGAAACGUCAAGAGAAAGCUGUGAAGCGUCGGGAGGCACUGGAGAGGGCGAAACGCAAUGGGAGCAUUGUCUCCAUGAACAUGAAGGAGGCAUUUGCCCGCAGCGCCGAGCUGAUGAACGUGGUGGUGGAGAAGAGCGAGAGGCUGCUGACGCAAGACAACCACCUCUCACCCAGCCACUGGAAGUGGACUCCAAAGCGGACUGCCAACGCCUCAGAGACCAGCUCGGCCCACUCCUUCAACCCUGUGGAGUCCCAGAUGGGUUCCCCCAGCAAGGCCAGGGCCUCCAGUCCUCAGGGGCUCAACGCUCAGAAGCUGGAGGAGAUGUAUUACCAGAUGGCCAAGACCCAGUCACAGCCCAACCUCAAUGCCAAAGACAACAGCUCCAGGGCUGGCAGACAGAGGGAUGAGAUUGAGCUGGGAGCCAUCCCUGGAGGUCCAGGGGACCCUAUGCUAGGGGGUCAAGAGGGCGUGGGGGACAUGAAGAGCCUGUCUAGUAUUGACAGCUACAUCAGCUGUGCUGCAGACUUCCAGGAGAAUCCACGUGGUGUCUACCCCCUAAGUCCAGCCUCCGGCCUGGCCCUCCUUGCCCAGGAGACCAGCCGCUUCUCCCGUAUCAGCCCAGCUACGGCCCUCUCUGGGUGGGUCAGCACCAACCCUGGCCUCCAGACCACCCUGGAGCAUGAGUUUUUUUCUGCUGCAAAAAACGUAGUCUCGGACAACACUCACAACUUCAACAAACCUUUGAAAGGUGGCAGCCACUCCUACAAGGUGAAUUACCAGAGCAGUGGAGGGGAGUCGGGGCCAGGACCAGGUCGGUUGCCCAGCAACGGUGAUCCUCUCUCAGGCAUCUCCAUCCUGUCUGACCGCUCCCUGCUCAGCCCGGAGACGUCCAACUACACCACGGCCAGUAGCAGGACCCCACCCAAGUCUCCGGACAGCUCCACCCUGACCACGGCCCCGACCUCCACCCCGGCUGUCUUCACCUUCCAUGACUCCUCCAUCAGUAAGUACAUUGACGCCGAUACAGAUGAUGACGAGCACCUGAGGGACAUGUCGGAUGCCACAAGCCCCCCAGAGUGCCUGCUGGCCAGCUCCAGUGCCCCCAAAUGCAGCCGGAACAUCAACAGUGGCUACAACCAUAGAGGCAUCAACCACCUGGCAUCAAGCACCACCCAGCGAAUGCUGGGGCAGAACUGCCUGUUCCCCAGCCUGGAUGGGGGGAUGCGGGGGAGCGGGGGCCACAUGGAGAACAAUGUGGUGCCGGAGCUGCCCCGCAGGCCCAAAGGGGACAGAGGAAAGUCUAGUACCAUUGACCAGAGCCUCUGAGCUGCAGAGGGACAUCCAGGGACAUCCAGAGAGACACGGACUAGCCGUGUGAGGAAGGCGGAGAAAGAGAAAGGGAUAGAGAGAUAGAAAGAGAGAGAAAGAAAGGGAAGGAAAGAGAGACACACUGUGCCAAGUCCCUUUACAAACUAACAGAAAGGGUCAGGAAAUGAGAGAGAUUCAGGGCAGAGUUUGGGCUGUGGUGUGGUGUUGAAUACUCUGGGAAAAGACUUGUAGAAUAGAUCGAGAACACCACUCUCCCUCCCUAUUAGCCACAGUACACUAGCUACCACAAAACUGGGCAGAGCACUCCCAGGGACCCAUCUGAGCAGGGGCCGCACAGGGAGAUGUGGGAGUAGGUCAAAGGUCAAACCAGAGCAUGCUGGGAUGGGAAAUGGUCUGUUGGUUGGGGCUGUGGUGGUUCAGGUCAAUUCAUUGGCUCUGGGGUAGGGGGAAAGAGGUGAGGCAGAAUGGAUGAAGGGGGGAACUGGGAGGCGGGGAAGAGCAAGGAGAGAUUCAUGUUGUGAGCAUAGGGAUAGAAAGACAAUCAUCCCCUAUAUUCUCCUACAGUUCUACCUAUCUCAGGUGACCACUGUCCCAUUCAUGCCUGAGCCCCAGCCCAGCUCACACUGUAGUAGGGAUUCCAGAAGAGGAGUUACGGUAGACUCCAAUAAGCUACUUACUAGUGCCCCCCCAGCCCCAAACCUGGCCUUAGUCAUAUGUGUGUGUGUGUGUGUGUGUGUGUGUGUGUGUGUGUGUGUGUGUGUGUGUGUGUGUGUGUGUGUGUGUGUGUGUGUGUGUGUGUGUGUGUGUGUGUGUGUGUGUGUGCAUGUUUAAAGGAUAAUUUGUGUAUCCACAUUUUGAGAUUGUCUUACCUGAUUAAUUUAUUUUUAUAUAGAUAAAGGAGGUUACCUAUAUGAGUCUUGGAUUUACUAGUCUGUUGUGUCAUGACCAUAUCUGUUUGAGUAUUUCUGUAUGGGAUAUUUCUUCUUGUCAGACAGUUAUUGGAGAUACAAUCCAGACUUUUUUAGGGGAAACCAGUCUGUGAGUCUUGUUCUUCUUGGUACAGUUUGUUUAUCUCGUGGUGAGAGUAGAGUACCACAUCUGAUCUUCCAUUUCUGUCUGUGAAUAUGUCUUGAUUGUCUGUUGUUUUGUGUUACACUGAGUUUGAGUCAGAGGGGAAUGGUUGAAAGAAUCUGUACAUUUUGGUAUGAAAGUGAGGAAUCAUAAUCAUCCCUGAAGAUUUGUGCACCAAGCACACAUUUAGGAGAGCUCUGCUCCAAGGCAUUCAUGUACCGAACAGCCUGCCGCUUCCUCCUAGUCAUACCACCAAGACACAAGGGUUCAAAAGAAUCGCUUCAGACGAAAUGCUGAGAUGUGCAAAAUAAAAAUAACCUGUUUAUUUUUGUGGUAUUUUAUAAAGAAUGUGGUGAAUGGAUUUAUGAAUUUAUAUUUCCAAAUGCAAGCAAACAUUUAGGAUAUAUGCUCAUAUUAAAACAGUGUGAAACAUUGAUACACAGCUGCCCCAACAUGCAUCAUCAUCAUUUUCCUUUGAACAACAUAAAAAGACUGAGUGUUGAGAGAAAGGGUGGAGGGGACUGAGUGUUGAGAGAGAGGGUGGAGGGGACUGAGUGUUGAGAGAGAGGGUGGAGGGGACUGAGUGUUGAGCGAGAGGGUGGAGAGGACUGAGUGUUGUAGAGGAGGGUGGAGGGGACUGAGUGUUGAGAGAAAGGGUGGAGGGGACUGAGUGUUGAGAGAGAGGGUGGAGUGGACUGAGUGUUGAGAGAGAGGGUGGAGGGGACUGAGUGUUGAGAGAGAGGGUGGAGGGGACUGAGUGUUGAGAGAGAGGGUGGAGGGGACUGAGUGUUGAGAGAAA